AUGGACAACGACAAUGCUAUUAAACUAUCUUGUAAAGUUCACGGUGAACCCGAUGCAAAGGUUUUCCCAGUGAAGAUCGACAAAAAUGAAACCAUUGGAACUCUCAAGAUGGAGAUUUGGAAAGCGAACCGGGGUGCUUUCCAUGGCUAUGAUGCGACCCAACUUGAUAUCUGGCGAGUGGAUAUUGACUAUACAUCGCAAAAUUCAAAGCGAACCACCUUCCAAAAUGAUAGUAAUGCCGAUAUUCAGAGCGCACUAGAAGGUGUCCGAGCUGACGAAAUGGAUGAUGUGGCCGAUGUCUUCGGCGAUGGUCCCCUUCCCAAGAAGCAUAUCCACGUCAUUGUGGUGCGGCCACCUGUGAACCAGCCGUCACUUAUUUCUGAUCUGGUGCCUUUACAAAGUUUUAAUGUCAUUGUGAAUCCAAAAAGGAUAGCAUUUAAAUGGCCAGUGGAUAUCACUACAGUCACUCUUCAAGAUCUCAGAGACAGUAUUGCUGUGAUUUAUCCUGAAAUUGAAGAUAUUGCAGUGGCUAUGCCUGUAAUUACUGUAGCUGGAAAACCUGAAAAAGCCAACAUUAAAAAUGAUUCAGAUCUUCAAGUAAAUUUGAAAAUCAUGGCAGUGGCAGGGACUUGCACAUUUACUGUCACUCUGGAGACUUUGGCAAAGGCAUAUGGGAAGUGGACAGCUGUUGAAGUUUUACGCAAUCUCUUACAUUUGGAUUUUGAUACUCUCGACAACCUAGACAAACUAGACAUAGAAAACCUUUCAUCUAGCCUUUCUAGUGAGGCAAGGACAUUUUUGCUCAAUGAAGAUGAAACUGCAAAAAAAGCCUUUAUUGAAAACCUUAAAGAUAUUAGAGAUGUUUUUAAUGGCAAUGUCACCAUAAAUGAAGCUACAUCAAGAAAUUUUAUCAAUCCCUUCAUCAUCAAAGCAGUUACCAGACUUCAACCCACUUAUCCAAAUAUGUUUCUGGCAGUUGAGCGAGCCUUUAGUGGAAGUCGUGGAUUUGGAAAUUUGGAUUAUGCUGUUUUUUUUUCAACUUUUGCUAUCCUAGUUACAGAGGCUAAACAGUAUGCAAUUAUGGCAGGGUUAACACAGAAUCUUGUUCAAUUACAUACUGCUUCAGAGAAACUUAAGCAUAAGCAUGAUGACAGUCCUGUCCUGUCUGCAGUUUAUGGAAUUGUGGCAACUGGAAUGACAUGGCUAUUUGUUCGUUGGGAAGGCUCACCAGAAAAUCCCUCU